AUGUCGAUUGCGGGGCGAUCACAUAGCUUGCUCUCAGAUGAUGGUGAUGAUGAUGAUGACGACCACGACGACGAUGAUGAUGAUGAGGAGGAGGAGGAGGAGGAGGAGGAGGAGGAGGAGGAGGAGUGCGAAUCCGGUAUUUCGAAGGUAUACAGCUCUUGUUCAGACACAAUCAGUGUCAUCUACCCUCACCCUGCCUAGUUAUCAGCCUCAAGGUUCCGGAAGAUGGAGCUCCCCGAUCUAUUCUAACCGUAAUAUGAAACACGGGCGAUCAAACUUUGUCGGUUAACUUUAGUCUGGAGCCUUCACAGGCAGUUGCGAGGCGGUAAAUAGUAAAUAAUCGACAGGUGCUGCCGACGGAGGCGAGGAGAUUGGAAUGACCAUUUCUGGAAUAUUGGCCAGCAUGAGCCGGUUAGUCGAGACAUGGCUGAGCUCUGAACGGUCUGUGGUACUUCCGACCCGGGUUCAAGAUGCGACCGACUGAUGAUAGUUAGGAGGUCGGAAACGAUCAUUUCGGUCUGCCUCCAUUCGUGGCUUUUUUAGUUAAGUAAAAAGCGUGAGGCCUCCUCUUGCAGUUGCCCCCCUCCCCCCCCCUCCAGGAAAACGCGGUCUAAUUAAACUGAAAAAGCUGUUUCAACAAGCUUGGCGGUGACGGGCAUUACAAAUGAGACAGAAAGCAAGACCGUCGGGUAAUUUAUCAUCUCCAUUUAGCAGAGCCUCCAAGUGCUCUGACAACCCUCGCCUCUGUUAGGCAAUCCACCCUCUCCUCUGUCGACCAUUUCUCAUUUUCUUUAUGAUCUUUUUUCUGCUAAAUUUAGACACUUUCUUCCAGCACCACACAGUAAUUCUUGCCACCGGUGACAUGGCUCGAUCAUGGCGUCAUUUCUCAUUGGCUAUCUGCAGAAGCAACGAGAAUUGCAGUGACUUGCAGGCCGGAACAGUUGUUGAGAGCGUCUUUCGAUACACCCAAAUAAGGACAUUAACUAUUGCCUGAACUGAACUGUGUAAGGAUAGGUAGGAAGCUGCACGGGUAGUAUUAUUUCGCACUUCGGUUAAGAAAAAAAAACGUUUAGCCAGAACAAACCCUCCGAAAACAGUCGGCCAAAAUGUAAAUGAAAGUGUGUCCUUCCUCUCCUGCCUUUCGCAUUGGGCAAUUAGGGCAAACCGUCAUCUUCCGCCGAAGACGUGCUGAUUGUUGUCGCCUUGACGGUGUCAUCAAUUACGUGGGACGGAUGAACAAAGAGUUCAAUUCAUUGUUCAGGAGGAUAUUAAUCGAGUUCCUGCAGCUGAGUGGAAACAUGUGUAUGGGUGUAUAGAAGAGGAUAAAUGACUCACUUUGUGAAAACCCGCCUACACCAUCCAGACAUGUGUGUUCAUAAACAGCAAAAUCACAACUAUUGGGUCCAAAUCAGUCAGAUGGAGUACACGGUGUCUGAAAUGAUUAGGAGGUAUUACAAAUUAUCAAUACGUAGUUUGGAAUAUGCCAUAGAGGCUUUCGUAAAGAUUGUAGUACAAGCACAUCUCACCACCCUUAAGUACAUACGCACAUGAUUGCUGCUUAAUUUUGUUGGGUGGACGCCCGCAUUUGUGACCAACGACUACGGAAAAGGCACUUUUGUCCAUUUCUCUGCCUUGACAAUUUAUUUGGACUUUUGAUAGCUCAACCUACGCCCAUUUGAACACGUGCAGAUUUUGGCUUUAGUUCGACGGCUGCGUGCGCCACAAAGCCGCAGGAGAGGAAAAUGUUGUUACUUUAUGCGGCAGCAUAAUGGAAAUUAACUUCUAUUGCUGCGGUACAGAGGGUAAUUGCAUUGAUUUAUUGUUCGGGAGGCAUGGUUACGUUCCGAAGCGAUUCAGAACGUAGUAGGAAAUCCACAGUUUAGACAUUUGUGCGCUAGUUUGGGGAGCUGGUUCCGUUUGUAGCGUUCUCGAAGGCAUUAUUAUCAUCAUUGGAAAAUAACCCCGGGAUGGUUUAGUUAAGAUCAGUUCAGUUUACUGAGGGAAAUAGGCGUAGGCCUUCGAGUACCCUAUUUUCAAGGUAAAAAAUUGUUGUGUACAGAAACUUUUUCUGAGUUAAAAUAGUUUAGACGAGUCCAUAGUGGUAGGACGAAAUAUGAGUAAGUCACAGAGGAUGAGCUCGAUCUCUCAUCGCUCUUGGUCAUUUCGGAACAUGAAUAGGUCAAGGUUCUUUUUAAAGCUUCGCAUGGAUGGUGACAUCACAACAUCUGCAGGGAGGGCAUUCCAUGGUUUGACCACUGGAACAGAGAAGGAGAACUUCCGCACAUCCAGCCUUGCCUGCUGAGUGCGCAGUUUAAACGGGUGACCUCGGAGGUUGGUCGUGGUAGCAAAUUCAAGAAAGUCCUCGAAGACCAGUCUGCAAUCCAACCUCUUUACAAUGCGGAAUGCUUGCAAGACGUCUCCGCGAAGUUGCCUGUAACUUAAAGGGAAGAAGUUCAGACCUACUAGGCCGGUUGCAUAAGGAAAGGAGCUUUGACUCCCAACCAUCUUCGUGGCUCUACUCUGAACUCUUUCGAGGCAGUUUUGGUCUUCGACCGCUCACGGUCUCCAGGCUUGUACGCCGUACUCCGAGUGCUGCCGGACGACUGUUCCACAAGUCUUAGAGAAGAAGUGUCUUCGUCAAAAUCCAUAACGGCACGCCUGAUGACGUACAGUACGGACAUUGCGCUUUUGGCCAUUCCCGAACAAUGAGCGGACGCUUUUAGAGCGUUCGUCGACAGCACACAGAGGUCCCUUUGGACUUCGACGUCUUGUAAGGCUACGCCACCCAGAAAGUAGUCUCUUGUGCUGGCGGAUCUGGCUGUGUUGCCUAGGCGAAGUAUGCUAAUAUUUACUAACUUUGCUGUUAAGGGUUUUCGCGUUCAUGGGAUACAGUGCGGUCUGCGUUCGAUUUCAAGGGGUACGGGUGGUUAUAUUUUGAUAUGACGGGAUUUGCAAGCUUAUUGAGGCAGUUAAGCCCUGAAGGUGCCAGCAACGAUAUGGCCAUUCAGUUUAGUUGUGAAAUUGUUCUAUGACAGACUGAUGAUGGCCGCAAGCAUUGGGCGACCGUUAAAUGAACUUUAUCUUUUUCGUUGUUUACAGCUCAAAAGCUGGUUUCACUAUAAAACAGACAUCUUAGUCAAAUUUUCCUCAAGGGCAAUGCCUCAGAUCAAUUGUAGAUGGGCUUGUAAAUUAUAUGAAGGAGUAGUUGACGGCCGACGACCACACCGACUUGGUGGUGCUGGUGGAGGAGGAGGAAGAGGAGGAGGAGGAGGAGGAGGAGGAGGAGGAGGGAAUGGGGCGCUGGGGUGCUGAAAAUCAACGGAAGACUUGGUAUAACAAUGCAAAGACCGACUUGGUGAAAAAGGCGGAAUUUCGUUUUCUGUAG